UUUUAUUAAAUUAUUUUAUUAAUUUUAUUAUUUUUUUUAAAUGGAUUCUCCAGGCUUAUAACAGUAGGGAAAGUUGUACAAUAAAUUAUUUUUUAAUUUUAAAUAUUAAAUAAUUUUUAAAUUUGAAAAUGUCAACUAAUUUAUUCACUAUUUGUAAAGUAAUUUAUUCACUAUUUGUAAACUAAUUUAACUAUUUAAAGUAAUUAAAAAUUUCAACCGCAGGAUGGAGAGUAAACGGCCUCCGGAUGAGGUAUUAUUUAAAUGGGACCCUAAGGGUAAUUUUACUUCUCUAGGACCAACUCCUGGCGCCAAUUUCACCAAACGCCGAAUGACAAAUUUGCACAAUUCUUACAAAAUUAUCAACCAACUUAAACUAAAUGAAUUGGAGUUGGAUAAGAUAUUAAAGGAAUCUACGACGGAGGGUUUAAAUGUGAGACCGGAGACUUUGGAGAAGCUCCGUGACAAACGGGCGGAAUUGCUUAAAAAUUUGAAAAAAUUCCAACUCCACAGUUGCAAGGAUUGGCUCGGAGAAAACACACCCAAGUCAAGUAUUCACAAGGUGGACACUCUGGACAGAUUAUCUUCAAUGAUAAUUAACCCCGAAUUCCCAAUUAAACAUGAGGCCGUACUUUACAGCGUGCAAUUGGGGAAAUCAGACCUUGAAUUCUACAACGCCUUGUAUCUCACAAAGUUGACCAGAAUGAGUAAUCCAACCGUGCUAGAGUUAAUUAGACAACCAGUUUUCAUCAGGGAUCGAAUGUUACUACUGACUGACAGGAAAACAUGCAACUGCCCACUCAACGCAAUCACAAAACAAACCACACAACGACAUCUUCUACCCAGGAGAUCUUUUCACGAUACACAAUCUCAAGGGGAUGGUAUAUUGAAUAAGUUGAUGAGUCCUGGUGCGAAUCCUAUGAGUCCGGGGUUAUUCUCGUCGGAUCGGAGCUGGUCGCAAACACUCCUGGGCGCUGAGAAGAAACAUGAAUUGCCAAAAGAUGACAUUAGUGACGGUGAUAUUGUCUGUCCCUUUCACGUUCCACAGGACUUACCAGAACAGCUAAAGUCACCUAAAGGACACUCUGGAUACAUUAAAGAUUACAAUUUACUCUACCGCUCUGAUUCCACCGCCAACGAACACUUUCUAAUCCUACACCAACUUACUCAUUCUACUGUGAAUAACACUGGUGACACAGUGAAUGACACACCUGGUACUCCAAUGGGUAAGUACAGAUUACCGUCAAAAUUGUUGUCGAUUAAUUCUGUGUACUUGAGAGACUUUGAAUUUGAGCGUCACUACUCUUGUAAACCGGGUGACCUCAGGGCUAACCCGGUCACCACAGGAGACACUGUGAGUUUAUCCAGUGUUUACACAGGAUUAGCUCUUUUUAUAGCUACAAAGACUGAGUUCCUCAUUUGCAUCACUGAUCACACUAGAUUAACAUUUUGCACCCCUAACACACAGUCAUCUUGCACCCCUGAUAACACUAGCUUAAAAUUUUGCAUCCUAUUGCGUGAAAAGAAUUUAGGCCACAGUGUGGUGGAAAUACUAUCACACAAGAGCACCGGGCGCAUAUUUCUACUAGCGACUAAUAGCUUAUUAUACGAAUAUCAAUACCAGCUCGGCUUUAAAUCAACCUCACUUCUAGACCAUAAAAUUUUCAGACUCAUCCAUGGAGCAUUUGUCUAUGGUAAGAAUUUGGUCACAGCGUGCAUCAGGAGGAACACAGUCUACUCUCUUCCCAGUACUAAUUUGACAAAUACUAACUCUGUGACCAGAAAUAACUCAGUUUACAAUUGUCUGGAGGGACUGGAGAAACCAGUCGUGGGAUCAGUUCUCUAUUACCCACCACUUCUCUGGGGUCAAUCACACACUAACAACACUAGUGACAAUGAUAAUAUAUUUCCCAAUGGAUCUCAAUGUGCAUGUGGUUUGGGAUGUAGGAGGUACAAGGUGAACACGUACCUCAGGUGUAUAAACCCGUGGAAUAAAACGUAUAUGAAAAUGUCAGACAGUAUUGGAAUUAUUGACCAGGACCGGUCAAUAAUCUCACUUUUAAACUCCUCUACGGGGGAUCUCUCCGUUUUCUACAUUCACUCCAAUAUUUCUCUACAGGAAUAUACCAACAGUAUCCACAGGGGACAUCGCAUAUUUCCAUACGAUUUAACAUUAUACAAUUUGAGACAUAGUAAUAUAAUUAACUCUUUGGAUAAAUUGGGGUACGGGAGACAUUCGUACGGUACGAAGUUUGUGAAGAUGUUGGCGCCGCCGGUGAACUUUGUCCAGGGCGUUGACUUGAUUAUUGUGGACAAUUUAGGCACUAGGAUUUUCAUCGGGUUCUCCAAUCUCUCACUUGUUAAUACUACCGGAAUCGCCUCAGUCACCGCCACUCUAAACCCCUCAGACACCAUUCACAUUACUCCAAACUCUAACACUAACACACAGAGUACACUGUCUACUAGUGCACAGAGUACUAGUGCACAGAGUAAAUUAGUAUUAUCUGUGAAGGGAUUUAGAGUAUCAAUGCGUAAUGUGUGUCAGGGUGUGGGAUUUGCAAGAGGUCCAUUUUCAUUAUUCAGAGCAAAGCCUAAUGUCUCCAGUUUCAUGGUUGAUGAUUUGUUUAUCACGAUGGAGCCUGUGAGGAAGAAUAACAACGGGACGCUCAUUAGAGUAAUUUUAACCUCAAACGAUUCCACAAGCUUCUUUCAGAAUUAUCCCACACUGCCACUCUCUGUUACUGAGGAGUUUUACUACUUCAACGAGGAUCUUAGGUAUAAAAAUUUACAGGAGAAUCAGCCCGUAGAAUACUACCACGAGUUCUAUCUCAAACUCACAGAUAAAGAAAAGAUUCUAUCCGUACACAUGGAGACAUCUGUUUUCCCCGGUAAACCCGAUUCUAUCUCGGUUAACCAGGAGUUAAUUAAUAAGGAGUUAAAUUGUAAAUCUAAUGAAUUAGGGGACAGUGUGACUGGGAGUAAAAUGGUGAUAGUGACAACGGAGAAGGUGUACAAAUUUAACAGAUUAGACUUGAACUUGAUCAUCAAACUGUUGAUAAAGUAUACUAAAAACGCGGUAGAUCUCAUUAAACCACCGCCAAUUCUCUGUACACCAACACACAAUCGCAACUCCACCAACUCCACCGUAAAUUAUUCACAGGAUGAAGGAGAUGUACAAGAUGAGAGAUUUAUUCUGAAUAAAUAUAUUAAAGGGGAUAAAGAGGAGAAUUACUUUAUAAACUCUUUAAAGGUUGGUAAAUUAUCAGAGUGUCCCGUGAACUCUGUCAACACUAACCCUGGCACUGCGGACAUGUCAGAGUAUAUGAAAUACUUACAAGGGAAUAAAAAGAAUGAACUGACUGACAUUUUUGGCGAGGAUUUAGUCGAGGUUUGCGAAAACUCAAAGGAACUCGUGGGAUACUCUUUGUACUACCUCUCAUGGCUCUACGGGCCUGAAACACUCUUUAAACAUCUUUUCACAUAUUUAACCGAGUUAAAACAGGAUUUUGAUCAUAUUUCAGAUAAUACCGUGGUGAACUCUGUGAACACAAGUAACGUGGUGAACACUGUGAAUACAAUGAACGAAACUGUGGACAGGGACAUAAUAUAUAAAUAUUUGUUGUGUAGUUUGGACGAUUAUAAUGUGUUUAUGGGUAGUUUUGGGAUCCCUUCGAGGAUAUUUAACUAUGUAGUCCCAGGCUGUUAUUCAGUGCUGGAUCACAAGUUUGAGAAGCCUGUAAUCUCACCCUGGUGUAAUUUCGUCUCUUUUUCCAAUAAUAACAAGGUUAAACAUGCCAGAGUUACGGCCAAUACCUCACCUCUUGUUGACGGAUUAUUACUACUGGUUUCAGAACUUUUGACGCCAAUUUAUCUUAACAGAGUAUUGAAUUUGGUACCAAAUUUACACACUCUCACGGUGAUAAACGGUGUGGAAGGUAAUUUUAACCCGAUCAGCGUUAACAGAGUGAGGUACACCCUCAAUAAUUUAGUGUUAGACAAAUUUGAGGAUGAAAAUGAGUUUGUGGUGGGCAGUAGAGUUGACACUUAUUUAACUACUGAGCUGUCAAUGGGACUGGAAAUGGCUAUGAAACAGUUGGAGCAGCUGAAUUCACUCCACUCGAUAGCGCUGGAACUGAUAAAAAACUACCAAAAGUGUAAUCUGGAGAAUGUAAUUCUGUUAAUGACAACACUGGGCCCAAAUGUCCAGCGGAUGAUCCUGAAGCCGAAUUUACACCAAUACGAACCGUAUCCAGUUAACUCAGGCCCACUUCCAGACAGUUUCUCCACCACACCGUUCACCGAUUUGUAUCACACCAAUGGUACGGGAGAUACCACUGCGAACACUGGAGAUACCACUGUGAACACCGUAGACGCAUUAAAAUCCUUGAUUAUUGAGCGGUAUGAAGCUGAUUUGAGGACGUUGAAGGAGUUGGUGCUGGUGUUGGAGGUGGCUCAGGAGUUUUUGGCCUCGUGUGUGCUACUGCACCGUAGCACUGCGCUGGGCGAUUACAAGUAUGAAUUUGACAAGAACUUGCAUUUAGUAACUUUGCUUCCCUCAAAAACGGCGAAUUCUUUUUUUACGCCGUCGGACUAUGUGCCAAAGUCUGACAAAUUUGUAACCCCGUUUAAAUGUAAAUUUACCCGCGAAUCGCCCAAAUCCAAACUCACAAUCACCCACAGCAUACUCAACAUCAUAGCACAAGCUAAUUUAAUCAACCUAUUUCUGAAUAAGGACGUGUACAAGUUGUUUAGAAUUGUGGUUUGGCUCAUCGGCGGUGAUACUUCAGCACUAGAAAAGUUCUUCUACGGACACAUCUUCACGUUUGAGGAGAUAACGAGUAUGAACAGGUGUAAUAGGGUAAAGUAUUUGGAGCGUCACUUUGAGAAUACGCAGGACGCUUCAAAGUGCGAAUACAUACACUCACUAAUUAAACAAUUUACCAUUAACUAAUUAAAAUCAAUUUUACCAACAUA